CAACUUGAUACUGUUAUAUUAUCAGCUCUGUUUUCUCUCUCGAGGUUUUCCUCUCAUUUUAUCAUCAUUCUUGGCAUUGAGACAAACUUGCGCCCUGCAACUUCACCCUUCCUGACACACACACCAGGAUGAAGGCCUACCUCUACGACAACCAGCCGGGCGACCAGCGCCUCCCUCACGACUCAGGCACCGCCGUCGACCCCUCUGCCCUGGAGAAGCUCGGCGUGCUCUACUACCACAUGCCCUCAACCUCCGAGGUGGACACCCUCGCGCAGAACCGCGGCUACCGCAACCGCGAUGAGAUCACCGUGAGCCCGGACAAGAUGGGCGACGCCUACGAGACCAAGGUGCGGUCUUUCUUCUCCGAGCACCUGCACGAGGACGAGGAGAUCCGCUACAUCCGCGGCGGCAAGGGCUACUUUGACGUGCGCAACGAGGGCGACAGCUGGGUGCGCAUCCAGCUCGAGAAGGACGACCUGAUCAUCCUGCCUGCUGGUAUCUACCACCGUUUCACCACGGACGAGACCAAUUAUGUGCACGCCAUGAGGCUGUUCAAGGACGAACCCAAGUGGACGCCGCUGAACAGGAACGGAGACCUGGACGGCAACCCUCACAGAAAGGAGUACGUGUCUCAGUAUCUGAGCUGAGAGCACCUAACAGAGAGGGAACUCGAAGACAGUGAGGGAAGCGCAUAUGAGACUUGAUAUUUUGAACUUUUCAAUUCUAGUCUUAGAUCUGCGGUCUCAAACUACGCUUAGCAUGUCUAAACCCAAUCCAGGAUCGUGGGACUCAGAAUGCGCCCCAUAAUGAAGAUGAUAUUCACACUUCUUCCG